AUGCGGCGCCGUCUGAUAGAGGCCAGUCGCACCGAGCUCUGCAGACGUCCUGCCAGCUCCGAGCCGUCAGUCCGAGCUCGGCAGUCGGCGCUGGAGGUUUGCUUUCUCUGCACCAGUGUCAACAUGUCGGCCCUCAGCGGCAGAGUGGCGACGUUCCUAGCUUUGAGCACGCUGAUCGUGAUGGCUGGCUGUGCCGAGGGCAAGUCCAUACCGUUGACAAAAAUCAUAAAGCAGAUAAAGCAGGCAGUGCACUCUGAGCUGCAGCCAAUCAUCAGCCAACUGCAGUCGGGACAAGAACAGCUGGAGAUCACGCUGGAGUCGAGGAUGGCGACUUUAGAACGCAGAAUGGAGUCACAGUUGGAGUCCAUCGAGGUUAAGCUGACUCUGCUCGGUUCUCGAGUUGAGGAGCUGACUAGCCGACUGGACGGCCAGCAGACUCAGCUAGACGAGGUCAUCACACAGCUGAUCGGCCAGAACUCCCAGCACGACGAGAAGACUGUCACAGGGAACGAGCACACAGAACAACUGAGAGCUAUCGCCAUCACCAUGGAAAAAUAUAAUACAGAAAUGCGUAAAUUGGCUACGAGGCUCGACAGUCAGCAGUCACAGCUGAACAAACUCAGCAGUCUACUCAGCGAACAAAAAACCAUGGACGGCGACGUUGCAGUGACUAUGAAUAACGAUACAGUGAAGCAGAAACACCCACGUGAUUGCAGCGACCUGCCUGCCGGCUCCCCAUCUGGAGUUUACCUCAUUCGGCCCGGUGUUGACAGUCAACAACCAUACGUCGAAGCGUUCUGCGAUAUGGAAACUGCCGAAGGGAACUGGACGGUGAUCCAGCGGAGAGACGACAUCCAACCCCGCCAGAAUUUCUUCCUCGGAUGGUCGGAUUAUAAGAAAGGAUUCGGAAAUGUAACCCAGGAAUUCUGGUGGGGCUUGGAAAAGAUAAGGCAGCUGACGUCGUCAAAGGACCGACGGUACGAGCUCCGUAUUGACCUAGAGGCGUUUAACGGCAGGCAGGCAUACGCUUUGUAUCAAGGAUUCGCCAUCUCUUCCGAACUGGAUGGCUACAGAUCGAGGAUUUCCAACUACUCGGGAAAUGCCGGGGAUGGUCUGCAGUAUGGCGUCAAUGAGAAGUUCUCGACCUAUGACCGUGACCAGGACGGCUCGUCGCACUAUAACUGUGCGCAACGCGUCCAGGGGGCCUGGUGGUUUGGCAGGGUGUGCGGAUACAGCACCAUAAACGGGCCGUACCAGGACAGCCGUAGCAGCGACUGGGCUGGAAUAUGGUGGGUCAUGUGGAGGGGACUGGACUCACCGAAGAAGACCGAGAUGAAAAUCAGGCCAACAUAG